AUGAACCGUAAUCUCAUUCCCCUCACCCGCGCCACGCUACACAACCCCAGCAGAAUCAUCACCAAGCGCACACCAAUCCAACACCGGCUAUUCUCUACCUACGCCGCGCGCCUCAACGGCCAAAACGACAGACGACAGCAAGCUGACGGCAGAAAUAACAACAAUGGUGACGUUGAGAUGCCGAGCUUCAACCUUAAUAGUCUUGGCCUUAGCAAAAACAUGAAAAUUCUUGUCCUGGGGAUCAUCUCUAUUUUUGGCACAGUUGAGACCUGGUUCUGGUGUAAAGCUAUCUGGCGUUGGUGGAAGGGGGCUGGAACAGAAGCCGUCGCCCCUGAAUAA